ACUUCAUCAUAUGCAGGUUGUGGAUACUGUAACUUAUCCCAUUGACUCUAUUAAAAAGAACUUGAAUUGGGUUCAUCUUGUGGCAUAUGAUUACUAUCUUCCUAAAAAGGAAAACUACAUCAUUAGGUCCUGCGUUUACCACAGACGGGUCCAUGUCUUAUAACCACAUCAAAUGGUUCAUUAAGACAUAUGGUGCAGAUCCCAUGUACAAUGACACUUAUGUAAUGAACUACUGCACAAGUGGGUCAAUUUGGAUUAAUUUUGAUGAUGUGGAGGCUAUCAAAACGAAAGUUUCGUAUGCUAAAGAGAUGGGGCUUCUUGGCUACAAUGUGUUUCAAGUUGGCAAUGAUGACAAUUGGGUGCUCUCCAGGGCAGCAGCUGAAGAGGAAGGAGGUCGACAGAACAAGAAACAGUUAUUGGUGAUUGUUCUGGUCACGAUUGCUAUGUUUAUUAUCCUACUGGGAACAAUAAUGUGUUACAUGCAAAGGAGAGUACUUAAGUCAAUUGGGAUUGUAGGCAACAUCAAAAGAUCAGUUUAUAGGCUAUUAGAUAUAGUUCCAAGUACAGACAGUUUUGACAGCAAUGCUCCUAAUCUGCAAGUUUUUAGUUUUGCAACCAUCAAAGCAGCUACAAAUAACUUUUCGAGUAAGAAUAAGCUUGGAGAGGGUGGCUUUGGACCUGUAUACAAGGGUACGUUAAGGAAGGGCCAGCAAAUCGCAGUGAAAAGACUUUCGAAAACUUCAAACCAAGGCCUUGAAGAGUUUGAAAAUGAGGUCACACUUGCUGCAACACUGCACCAUGUGAAUCUAGUUAGAGUUCUGGGAUAUUGCACCAAGAGGGAAGAAAAGAUGCUGAUAUAUGAGUACAUGCCAAACAAAAGCUUGGAUCUCUACCUCUUUGAUCCAAGUAGAUGCGAUCUUUUGCAUUGGGAGCAACGUGUCCACAUCAUUGAAGGGGUAAUUCAAGGCCUUCUAUAUCUCCAAGAGUACUCAAACUCUACAAUAAUUCACCGUGAUCUGAAAUCUAGCAACAUUUUGUUAGAUGAUAACAUGAACCCGAAAAUAUCAGAUUUUGGUCUAGCCAGAGCAUUCAGAAAGAAUGAACUUGAGGCAAACACUGGUCGCAUUGUAGGAACAUAUGGCUAUGUUCCCCCUGAAUAUGUAAGAAGAGGCAUUUAUUCCAUGAAAUCCGAUGUUUACAGCUUCGGUGUUCUGCUUCUGCAUAUCAUAAGUGGCAAGAGAAGUUCAUGCUUUUAUGGCAUAGAUGGAAAUCUAAACAUUCUAGAGCACGCAUAUGAGUUGUGGAAAGAAGGCCAAGGCAUGGACUUUGUAGAUCCUACCCUAGAUGAUUUGACAUCGUCUUGCAAGCUCUUAAGAUGCAUGGGGGUGGCCUUGUUAUGUGUCCAAGAAAAUCCAGUAGAUAGACCAUCCAUGCUGGAGGUUUCUUCAAUGCUCAAGAGCGAAAGUGCAGCCAUCAUUAGUCCUAAAAAGCCCGCUUUCUCAGUUCAGAAGGAUGAAGAUGAGGAUCAUGUAUACACAUACAGGGAAGAAAUCUAUUCAGUCAAUGACGCAACAAUGUCUGAAAUUGUGCCCCGAUGACAAUUCUUUCUGAAACAUAACAUG